AUGGCAGGAUCGACACCAAACCAAUCCUCAGUAUCAACACUGAAACGGAAACGAAAUCAUGAACCAAGCGGUCAAACAGAGUCCGCUGAAUCUCCACCCUACGACGCGUCGCCUCUAGAUCCUGCUCUCCUAGAUCCUGCCCUCAGAACGCCCGCGAGUACUAACAGGCCAGAGACAAACACAGAGGAACCCGACACCGCAAAACAACCAGCUAUCAAAAAACUUACCAAGAAAAAGAAAGCCACCUCUAAUGCUGCCUCGAAAGCGCCACAGCGAACCCCAUCCGGGCCCCUGCCAGAUGCCUUCAAGCGCAUUUCACACAUCCACCGCGCCUUGAAUUUGGUAUAUACAUUUUGCUGCACACGCAAACAUUUCGCAACCACUUUCGACAACAUAAAGAAGGCAGUACAAUCCCAACUUGGUCAAGAACGGGAACUCACAAUUGAAGAUGUUGCGCGCGUCAAAGUCCUCGUUCCCCAAGCUGUCCGAUUUGAGUAUGUGGAUGAGGCGAAACUUGAAGUCAUGACUGCUGGUGAUCAGGAAAUAGCUCAAUAUGGUUUGCACAAACGAUCGACUCUAGCAACUUCAGCAGACAUGGCUACGACUGAAGACAACGAUGGCGACUUUUACGGCUCAGAUGGCACCAGACAUAUUUUGUUGUUCGAAUUUAUGGACGGUGAUCUGAAGCGAGAAGUCCGGCACCCGAAGACCGGAGAGCCUACUAAGCCCUCGCGUCGCAUGAAAGACGAGGAUCUCAAAAUGCCCGUCUAUAGCCAAAAGCAGAUGCUGGGUCUGAUUGAGAAGCGCAAUAUCAAAUUCUCAGAUGCCCUUAAUACAUUCUUGGUUCAAUGCCAGGAUGAUAACACAGACCCUGUUGAGUCUCUUGAAAAAGAGAAGGAUACUUUUCUGCCCACGCCUCCAGGCAGUGGGUCGAAUACACCUGCGGUUGUAGCCAAAGCACCGGCAACCAUCCCAAAGGAGCGCAAGUCCAUCGAGGAAAUCAUCGCGGAAAUUCGGGAGAUGCAAUGGUAUCAUGCCCAGAUUGUGCCUGAAGGUCAUCGAGUGUUCGAAGCCCAGUCGCCUGUCUUCGGGGAUUUGACGUUCCAGCUCUCACAAGACAUGGUCAAUGCUCUUUACAACACAAAAGGCAUUACGCAGCUAUACUCUCACCAAACAGAGGCAAUUAAUCACUUGUACGAGGGUCACAAUGUGAUUAUAUCGACCUCGACAAGCUCUGGAAAGUCCCUCAUCUAUCAAGUACCGAUGCUUCACGAGCUAGAAAAGGAUCCUGAAAGCAGAGGAAUGUACAUAUUCCCUACCAAAGCUCUAGCACAAGAUCAGCGACGCAGCAUGAUAGAUCUUUUGCAGUAUAUGAACGAGUUACAGCAUACGAUGGUCGAAACAUUUGACGGAGAUACGCCAAUGUCGAGUCGGAACUUGAUCCGUGAUGAAGCCCGGAUUAUUUUCACUAAUCCUGACAUGCUGCAUAUCACGAUAUUACCACAAGAAAGUGCCUGGCGGGCUUUUCUGAAGAACCUGAAGUUUGUCGUUGUUGAUGAGCUCCACGUUUACAAUGGGUUAUUUGGAUCCCAUGUUGCCUUUGUCAUGCGGCGGCUCCGCAGAAUUUGUGCUGCUGUGGGCAAUCGUCAUGUCAAGUUUAUAUCUUGCUCUGCUACUGUUGCAAAUCCCGAAGAUCACAUGAAGUCCAUCUUUGGGGUGCAGGAUGUGAAACUGAUAGACUUUGACGGUUCUCCUUCUGGCCGCAAGGAAUUUGUUUGCUGGAACACUCCAUUCAAAGACCCUACAGAUCCUACUUCUGGACGUGGUGAUACUGUGUCUGAGACGGCAAGGCUAUUUUGCCAGCUAAUUCUCAGGGGCGUGAGGGUAAUUGCUUUUUGUCGCAUCAGACAGCUCUGCGAGGUGCUUCUAAAAGCCGUUCGAGCCGAAUUUGACAGCCUCGAACGAACAGAGGUGGGCAAGCUCGUUAUGGGUUACCGAGGCGGGUAUAGCCCUCAAGAUCGACGCCAAAUUGAGAAGGAAAUGUUCGAGGGCAGAUUGAUGGGAAUCGUGGCAACCAGCGCUCUGGAACUGGGUGUUGAUAUUGGAUCACUGGAUGCAGUCAUCACCAUGGGAUUCCCCUACUCUAUCUCCAAUUUGCGUCAACAAAGUGGUCGAGCCGGACGACGCAACAAGGAUUCCCUCUCAGUCCUGAUCGGGGACCGAUAUCCGACUGAUCAGCACUACAUGCAAAACCCAGACGAGAUAUUCACAAAACCGAACUGCGAGCUACAAAUCGACCUAGCCAACGAACUUAUCCUCGAAGGUCACGUCCAAUGUGCAGCCUUUGAGAUGCCCAUCUGCCCAGAAGAAGACAGCAUCUACUUCGGCGACCAACUCCUCGCUCUCGCCCCAACCCGCCUCAUAAAAGACUCAAUGGGAUUCUUCCACUGCAACGAACGCUUCCGCCCCCAGCCCUCCCGCUGCGUCUCAAUUCGCGAUACAGAAGACCAGCAUUUCGCCGUAAUAGACACAACAAACAACCGCAACAUUGUCCUAGAAGAAGUCGAAGCCUCGCGCGCCUUCUUCACAAUCUACGAAGGAGGCAUCUUUCUACACCAGGGCCAAACCUACCUAGUCAAAGAACUAAAUCCAGACAGCCGCUUUGCACGCGUGGUCCGCGUACACGUUGACUGGAGCACAAUGCAACGAGACUACACAGACAUCGACCCAAUAGAAACAGAAGCAAUGCGUGCCGUCGGCACAGACCCAUCAUCCUCACGCGCAUUCUUCGGCGCAAUUCAAAUCCACGCCGUCGUCUAUGGUUUUUUUAAAAUCGACAAACGGGGCCGUGUUCUCGAUGCUGUGGCUGUUGAUAACCCGCCUAUCGACCUCCUCACCAAGGGCAUGUGGCUCGAUGUGCCCACGCGCGCUAUUGAUAUACUUCAGUCUCACAGGUUGAAUGUCGCGGCUGCAAUCCACGCGGCUGAACAUGCUGUCCUUUCCCUCCUACCCUCGUUCGUCGUCUCAUCACCCGGCGACGUCCGCACAGAAUGCAAAAUCGCAAAGAAGGAACUUGGCAAACCACUCCGCCGUGCGAAUGUCCCCGAUGAAUAUGAACAGAAGCUACAACCGCCUUCGCGGCAGAGGCCUGCUCGUCUUACGUUCUAUGAUGCAAAAGGUGGAUCGUGUGGAUCUGGAAUUGCGAUCAUGGCCGAGGAAAAUGUCUUCGGGGUUGGGGAGAGUGAGUGUGAGUGA